GUGUGCGCCCAGAGAGUCGCGCUGUCAGGUACACAGAGCACCAUAACACCUGUGCGGACCGCGAAACAAAAUGUCUGGAUUCGAUAACAACCCCUUUGCCGAACCGGUUGAUGUCAAUCCUUUUCAGGAUCCAUCAGUUACUCAGGUGACCAACACUUCAGCUGAUGGCAUAGGAGAAUACAAUCCAUUUACAGCCGGUGCUCUGGAUGGACACAGGACAGUCCCUUUGUCCGCCACUUCUCAGCCAGCGGUCCUUCAGACAACAGUGGAGCCCAGUCCACAGGCAAGUGUAGCCUCAGGACAGGCUGAGCUCCUCCGUCAGCAAGCGGAGCUGGAGAGAAAAGCAGCAGAGCUGGAGCGAAAAGAGCAGGAGCUUCGAGAUCGUGAUGCUGCACGAGGUAAAGAAAACAACUGGCCGCCGUUGCCCAAGUUCUUGCCAAUCAAACCUUGCUUUUAUCAGGAUUUUAAUGAAGAAAUUCCUGUGGAAUAUCAGAGGGUUUGCAAGAUGAUGUACUACCUCUGGAUGUAUCACAGUGUGACACUGUUCCUGAAUCUGCUGGCCUGCUUGGUGUAUUUCACUGUAUCUACUCAGAAUGGAGUUGACUUUGGACUCUCAAUCCUGUGGUUUAUUUUGUUCACUCCUGUUGCUUUCGUCUGCUGGUACCGACCCGUAUACAAGGCCUUUAAAUCUGACAGCUCCUUCAGUUUCUUCUUUUUCUUCUUCAUCUUCUCAUUCCAAGUGAUCGUGUACAUCAUUCAGAGUGUGGGGAUCCCCGGCUGGGGAAACAGUGGCUGGAUCACGGCCAUCUCGGUGAUCAAAACUAACAUAGCCUUGUCUGUCUUCAUGAUGGUGGUGGCUGGAUUCUUCACUGUCAAUGCCGUGUUCUCUGUUAUCUUACUGAAAAUGGUUCACUCCAUGUACAGACACACAGGUGCAAGCUUCCAGAAGGCUCAGGAGGAGUUUUCUCAGGGGGUCGUCACUAACCGAAGCUUCCAGUCUGCAGCCGCCACUGCUGCGUCCACAGCGGUACAGGGUGCAUUUCAUUAACAGACACACACACUCACUGCUAAAGACUCUCAAUAAUUCAUCUGUUCUUAAACUUCCAUCAAACCUCUAGCUAAAGUUAGUUAGAGGUUUGACCCCCCCAUGAACAUUCAUUUGGUUACUGAAAAUAUGUGGAGGUAAAAGUUACCUGGCUGUUGAUCGGUGAGGCACUUUAUAUGAUGACAGGGGCUUUUAGUGAGGAAAAAGGACUGAUCUUUCCUCAGGUUUUCUUAAUGAAGGAGAUAGUUAGUGGUGUUUUUAUGCAGAAAGUACUACAGUAGUGUUUUAAUACCAAUGUUUAACUGACAGUUCAUGCAGUGAUAUAACGUUGUUACAAUAUAAUCAAUAGUCCAAAUUCCACUCAAUCUAAAUUUACAUUUUGUAGUUUUGUCCCAUUACUGUUGAUCUGUAUGUAUUUACAAAACUUUAGUUACACUUUUAUUUAAUCUUAAAGAUGGUUCACCCAAAAAUGAACAUUAGCUCAUCAUUUACAGUACUCUCCCUCAUGCGGUUUUCAACUCUCAAAAGAACAAAAACACAAAAGAAGAUAUUUUGAAAAAUGUUGGUUUUUGGAAUUUCUAAGUAGGGAAAAUAUACUAUACACUCAAAAAAAAAGGCAUUUGACCCUUUGUUCGUUUGAACUACUCGAGCUGCAACAAAACAAUUCUUUGUUUCUUUUGUUUGUUUUAUUGUUUAAUUUUCAAUACUUUUACAUUUGUAAAAACUAAGUAAAGUUCAUUCCUUCAUGUUGUCCUUUACACAAAUUGAUUGUUUGGGACCCAACAUUUUUACAGUGUAAAAGUAAAUGGGCGUCAGCUUUCAGAAAAUAUCUUAUUUUAUGAUCAACAGAGGAAAGAAAUGGUGAGUAAAUGAUGACAGAGAUUUCAUUUUUUGGGGUGAACUAUCCUUUUAAUACCCUAACAGAAUGUAUUGUACGUUAGUUGAUAUUUCAGCUGAUGGUUGGUUUUGACAACAUUUUAGCAACAAUUUUGCAACAAGAAACUCUAUAUUUACUCUUAGACUUUCUUUUAGCGUGGACUGUUGUGAAAUUAUACAUGCUGUUAUCUAUGUUACAGUCUUGUUACGAUCUUAAACCGAUGUAAUUAUUUUGCAGUGUUCUUAAUGAUGAACAAAAUAUGUAUAUAUUUAUAAAUUAAGCCGAUUAUUUUACUACGGUUGACCUGGGUGAGCUGCUCUUCUGUUUUUGAGUUACUGUUGAAUAAACGUGUUCUGAUUA